UUUGUACAGUUCCACAUUUGUCCACUAGGUGCCAGCACUCUCCAUCGAUGUCACGCCUUACAGCAGAAUGCAUCAUGGCGGCGCCCAUAGUCCGGUCAUGCUGCAAUAUGUAUCGAGUCAAAUCACAUUUUAUACUGAGGAAAACCUCUUUAUCUAAAUAUUUUAAAGCGUCAUUUCACUGUUCUCCAUCUCGAGGCACCGGGCUCCUCUUGUCCCUGUACAACCGAGGUAUCCUGAAGGAGUCGUUCCCAGAGAAAGCAGCCCAAGCUGAACUACCGGAUCUUCUCCGGUCCGGACCGCAGACCGUCUACUGCGGCUUCGACCCGACCGCGGACAGCCUGCACGCCGGCAACCUGCUCGCUAUCGUCGGGCUGCUGCACUUCAGAGCUGCGGGACAUGACGUCAUCGCGCUGCUCGGCGGAGCCACAGCUCAGAUCGGCGACCCGAGCGGGAAGACGGCCGAGAGAGAGCGACUCUCCCCGGCCACGGUGGAGCAGAACGCCCGCGGGAUCCUGGAGAGCCUCCAGCGGGUCUUCACCAACCAUGAGCUGUAUUUCUGCCCGGACCCGAGUAAACUGGGCCGGGUGACAGUGCUGAAUAAUUCCAGCUGGUAUAAGGACUGGCACGUGGUGAAGUUUUUGUCGGAGGUGGGAAGGUGUUUUCGGAUGGGCACCCUGCUCAGCAGGCACAGCGUUCAGUCCCGGCUUAAGGGCGCAGAGGGCAUGAGUUACACCGAGUUCUCAUACCAGCUCUUCCAGGCCUUUGACUUCUACCAGCUGCAUCAGUUACACGGGUGUAGAAUACAGCUGGGCGGGACAGAUCAACUUGGGAACAUCAUGAGUGGACAUGAGUUUAUACACAAAAAGACGGGAGAAGACGUGUUCGGUCUGACGGUUCCCCUCAUCACAAACUCGGUGGGAGAUAAAUUGGGGAAAACGGCUGGAAACGCUGUCUGGUUGAACAGGGAUCAAAUCCCCUUUGAGUUCUACCAGUACUUCCUCCGCCUGCCUGAUAACAGCGUGGAGGGGUACCUCAAACUCUUCACCUUCCUGCCGCUGGCUGAGGUGGAUAAAGUGAUGGAUCAGCAGAGGCAAGAUCCCGGCAAACGGAUCGCGCACAAACGCCUCGCCGCUGAGCUCACUAAACUGGUCCACGGGAAAGAGGGGCUGGAAAGCGCCAAAAGAUGCACCAGUGCUCUGUAUCACAGCAGUCUUCAGGCCCUGGAGCAGAUGAGUGACACUGAACUCCAGGAGCUGUUCCGAGAGGCUCCGUUCCAUGAGGUUUUCCUGGAUCCAGGGACGACGGUGCUAGACGCCUGCAGAAGGGCACAAGCCAUUCCCGAGGGACCACGCGGGUAUCAGAUGAUAAAGGAUGGGGGUGUUUGGAUCAACCACCAGAGGGCAGCAAAUCCUGAGCAAGUUCUGAUUUCAGGACAGCACAUCCUGUCUAAUGGUCUCAGCCUGAUCAGAGUGGGCAAGAGAAACUUUUACAUCCUCAAGUGGCUUAGCAUGUGAUUUACCAACUUCACCAGCACAUGGAUGGAUGGAUGGAUGGAUGGAUGGAUGGAUGGAUCGCUGGUCUCAUUUGAAUGCCUUUCAAAGACAAACCAUGCAUCGUCUGAAACCCUUCAGGAUUAAUAUGGAUGUAGUCAAAUACUCUGAAUAUGAACUACAUUUCACAUUCAGAAUGUGAGCUAUGUGUGUACACUUGUCUAUUCCAGUGUGGAUGAACAUGUUGUAAUGGUAUAUAAUGGAAACUAUUCCCUGUAAUUCCACAGUUCACCAGCAGUGGUCAGUAGAGCUCUUUUCAUGCACAUUGAAGUAAUCUGUGCUCAAAAUGACAUGUGGAAUUGUGUGGAAUGAUUAUAUUUACAGUUUGUGGAAUAAAUGAGACAUAUAAAAGAUCUGUGGCAUUAGAAAAGACUGUCUUUUAUGCUGGUUCCUGUUUUGUUUGGACUAGUGAUGUCAAAGUGUGAAUAUAUAGAGAAGAUGCUCUUGAUUUAAUCAUACUUACUGGAACACUUGAAACUUUUGAAGUAUAGAUACUACAUGAAAUAUAAAG